GAAGAAGAAGACUGUGACGGAAGGAGGCGGAUCGUCUGAAUCGUACAUAACCCGCUUAACACCAACAUUGAAAUUACUAUUUGUCAGUAAUGACAUUAUUGAACUAUCGUGUAUAAGUUACUGUUGUAUUUUGUUGUACAUUACAACUGUUGUUUUUUUCUAAUUAGAUGUUUCUUUCCGUACGCAAAUUGUCUAGUGUGACAAGGAAGUAUCUGCAUAAUUUUCAUAUAUCUAUUAACCAGUCUUGUACUAGAAUUAGAUUCAAUACUCAACAUUACUGUACGAUGUCGAAUGACACACGUAAUAAAUUUGACCUUCCAAAGCGCUAUCAGGGUAGUACAGAAAGUGUUUGGGUUGAAUACAUUCAACUUGCAGCAGAAUACAAGCCGUUGAAUCUUGGUCAAGGAUUUCCAGAUUAUCAUGCUCCAAAAUACACCACGGAAGCGCUUGCCGCCGUUGCAAUCAGCGACGAUCCUCUUGCUAAUCAGUAUACCAGGGGAUUCGGACAUCCUCGGCUAGUACAAGCGCUGAGUAACCUUUACUCACAGCUCGUAAAUCGAGAUAUAAAUCCAAUGACUGAAAUUCUUGUGACAGUUGGGGCAUACGAAGCACUGUUUGCAACAAUUCAGGGUCAUGUGGACAUUGGGGACGAGGUAAUAAUCAUUGAACCAUUCUUCGAUUGCUAUGAACCGAUGGUGAAAGCUGCAGGAGGAGUACCGAAGUUUAUUCCUCUCAAACCGCAAACAACGGGAAGAGUUACUUCAUCUGCUGACUGGGUGCUUGAUAAUGGAGAAUUGCAAAAAUUGUUCAACGAAAAGACUAAAAUGAUUAUAAUCAAUACACCACACAAUCCCUUAGGAAAAGUGAUGAACCAGAAGGAGCUAGACUUUAUCGCUAAUCUUUGCAUAAAGUGGAAUGUUCUGUGCGUUUCGGAUGAAGUUUAUGAGCACAUGGUAUUCAAACCGUACGAACACGUCCGAAUCUGUACAUUGCCUGGAAUGUGGAAUCGCACUAUUACAAUCGGAUCAGCUGGUAAGACGUUUUCUCUAACUGGAUGGAAAAUAGGAUGGGCAUAUGGACCAGAAGCCUUGCUAAAAAAUCUGCAGAUGGUGCAUCAAAACUGUGUAUAUACUUGCUCCACCCCCAUUCAAGAAGCAAUCGCUAUCAGUUUUGAAACUGAGCUGAAGCGACUCAAAAGUCCUCAUUGUUAUUUUAACAGCAUUUCUGAAGAAUUAAAACUAAAACGUGAUUACAUGGCUAAAUUUCUAGAGGAAAUAGGUAUGAAUCCAACAGUACCUCAAGGAGGAUACUUUAUGGUUGCCGAUUGGUCGGCAUUGGCACCAAAAGUGGAUCUGACACAAGAAAUUGAUGCCCGAAGAGACUAUCGCUUCACUAAGUGGAUGACUAAGACAAUAGGACUUCAAGGAAUUCCACCAUCUGCAUUUUAUAGCGAAUCUAACAAAUAUCUGGGAGAAGAUCUAGUUCGCUAUUGUUUUUUCAAAAAGGAUGAAAAUCUUCGUAAAGCAUCCAAAAUUUUACACGAUUGGAAGAACACUCUUUGAAUUUAAAAAUUCAAUACCGAAAACUGCAACUGUCUUCCCCUUAUUUUAUCUGAACAUAUAGUAAAUUUUUGUUGGAUUUGUUGAUUUAAUUUUCCAUUAUAGAUAGCGGAGAACAAAAGUUUCAAACAUCAAUGAUAAAGAUUGGUAAAUUAAUACAUUGUGAUUUAAUGAUAAGAUGAUAUUGUAGAUAUGUGUAAAAAACUUUUUUAA